AAAGUGAAACACAACCAUCCAACGAAAACACAUUCACUCCUCAGUUGCUGUUGAGUUUCCGUCGAGAGAGGUUUAUAUCAUUUUGUUAGCUUCUCUCUCUCUCCACUACCGUGAGAAAAUAUUUGUAACCAAAUUGGAGCAAUAUUUUCAACAAUUUUCCUUUUAACUUUUUUUUUCAAAGAGUUUUUCCUCUAAUUUUCCAUUUCAUCGCUGAGAGUGUUUUUUUUUCCAUCAGUUUCGCGGGAAAUUCUUUGGCUACGCCACUGUGUGUUGUGCUUUUCAUGAGAAAACGAAUUUAUUUUUAAGUUUUUAUUAACAAACCUAAAGGGGGGCGCACAAAACCUGAAGUAAAUGAGUUUGAAAAGACGAAAAGGGAAUGCUAUUCCUUCAUUAAAUUAACCACAGCAAAAAAAAACCAACUAAAAGUGCCCAAAUUGAUGUGAAGAAGUUUUUAAUAAAUUUUGUAGUAAAAUUAAGUUUAAAAAUAGAAGAAGAAAAUGUUGUGCAAAAUGCAUGUAUCUGUGACAAUCAUAUUUGUUGCCAUGCUGGCCGGCAAUAUAUUUACGCCGGUAUCAUCGUCCUCUGCCAAAUUGGAAAGUGAAAAUGGAAUUUCCCUCAAUAGAGCACUCAAACGACCCUGGAAUUCAGACAACCUUUCAUCUGAUGAUAUUCGAUGCUACUGCAAUCUCCCAAUCUGCAUAACAACGGGCUACAUGUGCAAAACGGCAGCCACAGGUGGUUGCUUCAGUGAAUUCAAAGAGACGGAAAAUGAUGAUGACUUACCAGCUCGACGUGGUUGCAUGGAAUUGCUGGAAGACAACAAACACACAAAGUGUAAUUUGGAAAUUGGGAUGCAUCAUCAAUUUAAAUCUUCAUUUACACUCCUAAUGUGCUGCCAAGAGGACAUGUGCAAUCACAUUGAUAAUCCUGAUAAUAGGAGAUUUAAGUCUGAUCCACGAAUUAAUGGAGAAGGUAACCAAAGCAGAGGAAGUCAAUCGAUGGAGGAUAUUCAUCAUUCACUUCAUGAGACUGAUACGAAGGAAUUGAGGCCAGUGUAUCCCGCAAGUGGGGACAAUCAGGAUGAGGUGUGGUUCAAAGUAGCCACAAUUGCCAUCACCAUUUGCGGUGCCAUCAUCCUCUUCGUCCUAAUUGCCACGGCUAUCCGUAUGCUACGGAAUGAUGGUCGUGGAGGGGAUACAGCAUCAAAGUUGGGCACAGGCAGCAGCCCCAAUUGUGCUGGACGGAAAGUAAUUCUUGAUUUUGGUGAUGCCUACAAUCAAGUGUACGGCGGGAGUUCCCAUGGGAGCAAUAUUAAGCAUGUGCCACUCCUCAAAGUUGACGAUGGGCUACCACCGUCGUACACAAUCUACCCCCCACCAAAUUACCAUCAACUGCAGAAUUUGCAGCAUACGCCAAAAGUGAGUAGUGACUCGAAGAAUGAGGCGCAAGCAAAGAAGAAUCAAAUAAAGAGCCUGGAGUACACCCUGCUGCCACAGAGUUGCCAUGAGGGUCAACAGAAGCCCAUUAAUACGGAAAUGGGCAUUAAUCCAGCAUACCGAGACGUGAAUCUCAGUUCAUUGCCACAGGGACGAGCUUGUCCGGAGAUGGCAAUUGAUAAUAAAAUGUACGAAAAGGACAUGCUCACGAGUGUUCCCACCAAUUGGACGAAUAAUUCCACCACCAAUAAUUCGUAUGGAGUGUAAAAUUUAAAUUAUAAAAAAAAGCCAAUUUAGCAACAACAAGAUACAUAGAUUCUCCCCUUUAACACGCCACUUUUGCCAUCAUAAUCGAUCGAACCAACUUAUUGCGCCCCUUUGAAUGCAAAUCAUGGCAAAACUCCUAUUUUUCUAUGUAAAUACUUUUUAUUUCUCAAUUGAAACUUAUUAAAAAGUUUUUUUUUUUGUGUGCAGAAUACAGAAAGAAAAAUAAUUGGAAUUCUUGUAAAUAAAUGUAUGAAUGUACAAUGCAGGAAAGAGAGAUUUCUAAAAAUGAUCUUAAAGAAAAAUUCCCAAAAAAAUGCUGGAAAAAGUGACGUUGUGGGUGUCUUUUCGACAAUUUUUUUCUCAUUUCUGAGUGACAAGUACAUAACAUUUUUUUUAAAUAAAAAAAAGAAGAUCUUAGAAUAAAAUUAAUUAUUUAUCGUAUAAUUGAAAUGGAAAAAAAUAUAGCAGAAUGAGACUGUUUAUUUGUAAAUGAACGAAUAAGAAAAAAAAUCUUUUGAGAGUUCUCUAAAUCUUCGAGAUUUCAUUUUUAAUUUUUUUUAACAAUAUAAAAAAAAGAAUUCAUUACAUCACACAGAAAAGAAAAUUAUUUAUUUUUUUAUAUUUUCAUUCACGAGCAUUCAUUUUUUUUACUUUCUCUUAAUUUUAAGUUGAAUUUUAAACCUAUUUCUAGACAAUUUUUUAUUUCAUUACAUCACUCAAUUGCCAGUUUAUGAUUAUAGUUAAAAGAAAAACGAAUGAAAAUGUUUGAAAAGAGAAAUUUUUUGAAUGAAAAGUGAAUCAGGAAAAAUUUCUCCCAAUCAGGCUGUGAAUUCAAUAAAGGCCUUGGUCAUUUCUGUGAAUUUCUGUAAUGUGUAAAAUCUCCAGCAACUAAUUAAUAUUUACCCAAACAUUUAUUAACAAAAAAAAGAAGAAGAAAUUGCAAGACAGUCAAGUAAAAAAUAUAAAAAAAAUAAGUAUAAAAUUCAAAACAAUAUACCUAUAAUUGCCAAUAUUAGAAAAUAGAAAGAUUUUUUUGUAAAAAGAAAAAUAGUUUCUUUUACAUAAAAAAUACAAGAAUAAGAAUGAAAAUUAUUAAAUGCAUGUGGCCUUUUUUCAAUAAAUAAAAAUAAAAUAAUAUAUAAAUGCUCUCCUUUUCUCCAUUAUAGUGACUUACUAAUAAUAUCAAUAUCUAUAUAUACAAAAUAAAAUAUUAAAGAGAACAAUACAAAGAAAAUGAAUUUGAUAGAAGAAAAACAAGAAAAAAAAUAUAAAAAUUAAAAUAUGAAAUUUCAGGAAGAAAUUUAAAGAACUUGUGCCUAAAUAAAACUAAUUAAAUGAGCUUUUGUGGCAAAAAUUCCUUUUCUUUUUUUUACAGUUUUUUUUUCUAUGUAUUCAUCAAAGAAAAAGAAACAUAAAAAGUAUGUAGAUUUAGCCACAAAAUGCAAUGUGAUAUUCGUAUAAUAUUUGUUUUAAAUUAAUUCACAUGCUCCACAAUUCUUCGAAUAAUUAUGCAAAAAAAAUGAGGGAGAAGUAAAAACUUUCAAAUUGCUGAUUUUUUUUAAAAAUUAAAUUGUGCCAAAGUUGUUUUUUUUUAAUUCUCUGAAAAGAAUAAAAAAAACUAAAAGAUCUUUGGCACUAUAUUCUCAGCAUACGCGUAAAUGUAUGUAUAAAAAAUAUAAUAAAUAAAUUAAAGAAUGAGGAGAAAAAUAUUCUAGUUGGAGCAUCAGUGAAAUUGAAUGAAUAAAAUGUAACAUUAUUUUCAUUGUAGAUUUUUUUAUAUAAAAUAUUAGAAAUUUGUAAUGCAUUAGUAAUAUUAAAUAAAAAUACAAAGAAACUCAAAAUAAAAAAAA